UGCGACCACAAAGCUCCAAACUUGAUCUCCAUGGGAACAGAGUCUGAGUCUGCAAUGAAUCAAACUGCUCAUGCCGCAGAAAGAGAGGGAGCCUCCGUCCCAUCUUUCGAGGUAGACACACGAACAGCGGAGCAGAAGGCAAUAGAUGAAUGGCUUCCCAUAACUUCUUCCAGGAACGCAAAAUGGUGGUACUCUGCUUUCCACAAUGUCACCGCCAUAGUCGGCGCCGGCGUCCUCAGCCUCCCCUCCGCCAUGUCACAUCUCGGCUGGGGACCUGGUGUGGUGAUUCUGGUAUUAUCAUGGGUAAUAACUUUGUACACACUGUGGCAAAUGGUGGAGAUGCAUGAGAUGGUACCGGGAAAGAGGUUUGACAGAUACCAUGAAUUGGGUCAGCACGCGUUUGGAGAGAAGCUAGGACUGUGGAUUGUGGUGCCGCAGCAACUGAUAUGUGAAGUAGGAGUGGACAUAGCGUAUAUGGUGACCGGAGGCAAAUCUCUGCAGAAAGUUCAUGACCUUUUGUGCAAUAAUUGCAAGCCCAUUAAGACUUCUUACUUCAUCAUGAUCUUCGCCUCCGUUCACUUCUUCCUCGCUCAUCUCCCCAACUUCAAUUCCAUUACUGGAAUCUCUCUCGCUGCAGCUGUCAUGUCUUUGAGCUACUCAACUAUCGCCUGGGCGGCUUCUGUGCACAAGGGUGUUCAACCAGACGUGCAGUAUGGACACAAUGGCAGUACUUCAGCAAAUACUGUCUUCGGCUUCUUCAACGCUUUGGGAGACGUUGCUUUCGCCUAUGCGGGACACAAUGUGGUGCUGGAGAUCCAAGCAACCAUCCCCUCAUCUCCUGAGAAGCCAUCAAAGGGACCUAUGUGGAGAGGAGUGCUCAUAGCAUACAUAAUUGUGGCCUUCUGCUACUUCCCUGUUGCUCUUAUAGGCUAUUGGACGUUUGGUAAUCAAGUUGCGGAUAAUAUCCUCAUCUCUCUGGAGAAACCAACUUGGCUUAUAGUAGCAGCAAACUUAUUUGUUGUGGUCCAUGUUAUAGGAAGCUACCAGCUAUUUGCUAUGCCUGUUUUUGACAUGAUUGAAACUGUGAUGGUAAAGAAAUGGCGUUUCAAACCAUCUCGUAUCCUUCGUUUCACUGUUCGCAAUUUAUAUGUUGCAUUCACUAUGUUUGUGGCAAUUACAUUCCCCUUCUUUGGCGCUCUGCUUGGAUUCUUCGGAGGAUUUGCUUUUGCCCCAACAACCUACUAUCUCCCCUGCAUUAUAUGGCUUGCUAUUUACAAACCUCGGAAGUUCAGCUUGUCCUGGAUCAUCAACUGGAUCUGCAUUAUUUUGGGAAUCCUGCUGAUGGUUGUGUCACCCAUCGGAGCACUAAGGCAGAUCAUAGUCAAUGCCAAGACCUAUGGAUUUUACCAAUAAGAUGAUGCUCACCAACACCCAGCCUCAAGUUUGAUGCUAUAGAAAUAAGCACUAAUGUAACUAGUUACGUGAACAAAGUAGCAAAACUUUGAAAUCUCCCUUCCCCAUAUUCCGUCAUGUUUUUCUUGCGUUUGAUACCAUUUUAACUGCGUAUCAAUAUAUUAUUUA